AUGAGAUUGUCCUUUAUCCUUUUACUAUCUGCAUUGGCAUUGACGUUGGCCCAGGAAGCAGUGGUCGAAGAGGCCGAAGCAGCCGCCGUCGAAACGGAGGAACUGGACUUGGAUGCCCUGAUCGAGGACGCGAAUGAGUUUUUGGCCACGGAAAAUAAUGAAGCCGUAGAAGAAGAACCCGCUUCUGCAGCCUCUGCAGCAACGGAGGACAUCCCAGCAGCGCAAGAGACUGUCAACGCAGAGGAGAUUCAGGGAGAUCAGGAGGAAACUGUUGAUGCCACUACAACCGCGACCACAGCAGAUGAGCAGCAAGGAGACACGACAACAGAAACAGCUGAAAGUAGUGAAGCAGAAGCAACUGAAUCAGCAACAGCAGAAGCAUCCGCUGCAGAGGAAACAGCUGCAAAAGAAGAAGAACCACAAAAAUUGCCGGAACAAGCUGGACCCUUUAUUGACCUUUUGGGUCCUCAACUGUAUUCCUUGCAAAUGAUUGAUGAAAGACAAGCACAGCUGACGCCCCAAUUAACCAAUGAAGCUUUGAAAGGCAAAAAGGUUAUUGGACUCUACUUUUCGGCUGAUUGGUGCGGCCCAUGUCGCAAAUUCACACCCGAGCUCGUGGCCUUUUACGAAAAAAUGAACAAAAAACGAAGGGAUGACUUCGAAAUUGUUUGGGUAUCGCGAUGUCGCGACAUGCAAUCGUAUGGACAGUAUUUUACUCACAUGAAGUGGUUGGCACUUCCCUUUGAAGAAGCGGCCGGACAACGAGGACAAUGGCUAUCCCAAAAAUACGGCGUCAAGGGAAUUCCCUCGUUCGUUUUGUUGGAUGACCUUGGAAAUGUUAUUACUACCGAUGCCCGCAACAAAAUUCCACAGGACAAGGCCGGCAUUGGAUUUCCAUGGGGCAAUCCCUUUUCCACCUUGCUCAAGACGGUGGUCCCACGAAGUCUGCGUCUCAUGGUCAAGACGCAAGUGGAUACGCUCAAGGGGAAGCUGGUACAGCAGGUCAAGGGACUCGUUGGCAUGUCCAAGACAAAAACAGCAUAA